CGGGCGAGAUAGAGCGACAACUCCUGUUCCCGGUUCGUCAUUCCCAUAUUCUUAUUCCCGUAUUCCCAAUUCCCGUCACACGAGUUAACAGCGCAGAGCGUACAUCGCACAGCUGCAUCGCAUCCGAUCCUUUUUUACUUUUUUGUUUUUUGUGGCGUGCUCUUUUGGUAGUAACACCAGUGAACACCGCUCGUAACCCCUUUUUUGUAUUGGUUGGUAACGACGCCCCUGUAGGCAGAAAGCAGAGGCAGAAGCAGAAACAGAAGAAGAAGAAGAAGCUCAGCACAGCACGAAGCACACAGGCGAAGCGAAGCAAAGCAGAGGCAACACAGAAAAACAGCAAAGCAAAAGCAAAGCAUUGGAGUAGUUGUUUGGAUGUGGACGGAAAGGAAGACUGGCGGCGACUAACUAAAAGGUAUUUGUUGUUCACCCACUCAUCUGUGUGCGUGCAGUACGCUAAUGAAAAGCUGUUCUCAGCGUUUGCCAAAAAGACAAGAGCAGUACAUUGACAGGAGCAGCUCGGAACGGACAGGAUAAGCAGGAUAAAGCAGGCGGCAAAACAGUCAGCAUAAGAUUGGCUUAUAUAUAGCACGCACGAAAACGUAUAAUAUAUAUAUAGCCAGCCAGCCGGGCACUUGCGGAGCAACAAACGUCCUGGGCCCCAAGAAGAUACCACGAUACGAAGAUACCACCAAACAUUAGCAGGCGACAACGACACAACCGUAGAAGAUGUCCAACGGCAAGGCGACGGUCUCGUUCUUUGAGAACGGGAGCACAACACAAUUUGAGUACUGCUACCAGCUGUAUCCCCAGGUUCUUAAGCUGAAGGCAGAGAAGCGCUGCAAGAAGCCGCAGGAGCUGAUUCGUCUGGACCAGUGGUAUCAGAAUGAAUUACCCAAAUUGAUCAAGGCGCGCGGCAAGGAUGCGCAUAUGGUUUACGAUGAACUCGUUCAGUCGAUGAAGUGGAAGCAGUCGCGCGGCAAGUUCUAUCCGCAGCUAUCAUACCUGGUCAAGGUCAACACACCACGUGCCGUUAUCCAGGAGACGAAGAAGGCCUUCCGCAAGCUUCCCAAUCUGGAGCAGGCGAUCACAGCUUUAUCGAACCUCAAGGGUGUCGGCACCACAAUGGCCAGUGCCCUGCUGGCGGCUGCCGCCCCCGAUUCGGCACCAUUUAUGGCCGACGAGUGCCUGAUGGCUAUACCAGAGAUCGAGGGCAUCGAUUACACCACCAAGGAGUACCUCAACUUCGUCAAUCACAUUCAGGCCACCGUAGAGCGCCUCAAUGCAGAGGUGGGCGGUGAUACGCCGCAUUGGUCGCCGCAUCGCGUAGAAUUGGCCCUUUGGUCGCACUAUGUGGCCAAUGAUCUCAGUCCUGAGAUGCUUGACGAUAUGCCGCCGCCGGGAUCCGGAGCAGCCGCCACUGGCACCGGCUCACUCAGCACAAAUGGCACCAGCAGCAAGGUGCUUGACGGCGACGACACCAACGAUGGUGUGGCCGUGGAUCUAGAUGAUGAGAGCCAAGGCGCAGGCGGUCGAAACACUGCUACAGAAUCGGAGCCAGAGAACGAGAACACCAACCCGGCUGCCCUUACGCCUCUACAGUCGGGCGAUGCCAAGAACAACGCAGCUGCGGUAGGCGCUGCCCUGCAGGAUGGCGACUCAAACUUUGUGUCUAACGAUUCCACCUCACAGGAGCCAAUCAUUGAUGACAACGAUGGCACAACACAGACAACGGCCACCACAUCCACAGAGGAUGGUGAGCCCAUGGCCUUGGGUAUCGGCAUCGGCAUCGGUUUAGGUGGCACACCACUUGCCUCCGAUUCGGAAAGCAAUCAGGAGGCGCCGCCCAAAACCAACAACCUGACUAUUUUGACUCCGACACAGCCCUCGACCCAGAAUCAGACGCAGUCGCCGAGCCAGCCCCACAAAACUAACAAGCCGAUCACCAACAACGGUCAGGUGACAUCAACAGUGGAUGAAGCGGUCACAGCAGCACCACAGCCAGCCAGCAAAGCGAAUGCUGCCAAUGGGAAUGGAAAUGGCAACGGCGUCUUGGGUGAUGAAGAUGAGGAUGAGGUGGAGGACGAGGAAGAGGAUGAGCUCGACGAGGAGGAUACAAAUGAAGCGGAGCUAGAGGCUGAUGAGAGCAAUAGCAGCAACGGUAUUGUGAAGGACAGUAAACUGCAGCAGCUGGCGGCGAACAAAGCGGGAGAUGUCGUUUCGCCGGUAGCGUCAGAGGUCGCAGAUUCAGCGCCAGCUAUUGGACAGAAGCGCACUGCCCUGCACUGCGAGAUGGAGCUGAAUAACGCAGGUGGUGUAGAUGUAAACGUGGGGGAGAAAUCACCGGAGCUAAAGAAGCUGCGCAGCGAAUGAGGCGGAGGUGAGGAUACGAAAUACGGAUACGGAUACGGAUGCGGAUGCAGAAACGGGGAUCGGUUCGGUUCGGCUCGCCACGUAUCUGGUGGAAAGACAUAUGUAUGUAGUGCAGUUGAGUCGACAUAGAGACAUAGAGCAACAUUACCUACACUUUACCACAACAACAUUCAAGAAAUUCUACUAUUAAGCAACUAAUUAUACAUACAUAUAAUAUAUUAUAUAUAUAUAUACAACAUAUAACGAGAAGCAACACACCCAACACACACUCCACUCUCAUACAAACACACAAGACACAACACCAUACGACACACACACAGCCCGACGUAACAUAACAUAACCGAUCAGAUCAGAGCGGAAUAUAAGAUCCCGAUCCAGAAAGCAGAACCACAAAAAACAUUUCAAUAGCAUAAGAAGUGCGCCAAGAAGAAUCCGAUCAAGAAUCCGAAGAACAAGCAGCAGCAGCAUCAGUAAAAGAGAGUUCAGAAUGCAGCGUUAACGUAAUAUUAUAAUUGAAACGAAAAGCAAAUGCAUACAUGAAUAGUAACUAUAAAACAAGAUCAGAUUAAAAUCGAUAUUUUUACACAGUCAAAAGGAACAUUUAAAUAUAAAGAAAUUUACAAAUGCCGCAGUUGCCCACUACAUACAAAAACAAAAAAAAGAUGAAAACAAAACAAAAUGAUUAAGAUGGAAGAAAAACAAUAAUUAUAAUAAAACAGAAACGUAAUUUAUAUACAUAAGUAUUUAAAUUUAAUAAUAAAUCAAAACUUGUCGCAUAAACCAAGCCCCCACCACGACCUCCACCCCCUCGACCUUCAACCCCGCAACAAUUCGCGCUCUCUUUCUCACAAACACAAGAUACGCCGCACACACACAGAACACCCCCACACACUCGGAAGAAACAAAACAAAACUCAUUUCAACACUAAGAAAUUUUUGUGGUCGUAAUUAUAAUAAUAUAAUUUAUAAUACUUUAUGUGUACAACUUUUUUUUUAACUUUACAUAUACUGAAUUUUUUAUAAUUUAUACGAUAAUCAUUUUUCAUUUAAUUUUCACGAAAAAAGAAACGGAAGCGAACAUAAAAAAACUGCAUCUUAAUUGCACCCGGCGCAGGUCGGUCGAUCUCCGGAUGGUUUGGGUUGCUGAUAACGGGUGGUUCCCCGAUACCCACGACCCAUACAAUCCGCAGAUCUGCCGGAACUAAAAAAACAUCUCAAAAUUAUAAUCAUUUUUAUUAUUAGUAGCAUAAGUCCAAAUAAAAUGUGAAAUAUUAAGAGAACACGGCAUAAAACUGAAA